UGCUAGCCUUGAGCAUGAUAUAAUAGAGCAUUUAACCAGGACCCAAUGGUAAUUAACAUCCUUCCGCAGACUCCUAAACACGAAAAACACGUCACGGAGACAGAGUCACACUUCGUUUGCAUCGACAGCUCUCACUCUCUCCGGAGCUCCCAAAGCUCACACACACUGCCAACACUGCUAACUAACACCCAACUGAAUCCCCCCUCUUUAGAAACCAAUCUCUCUCUCUCUCUCUGGCUUCUUCUCUCAUUUCCCAUUCUCGCGUCCUUCUCGGAAGAACAGUUAUGGCUUCUCUCUCCGCUUCCAACUGCGUGGCCUUCCGAACUGCCAACUUCUCCUCCUCCACCACCGCCGAUAACUGCAAAAUCGGUCAUCUCCGCCAAUGGUCUCCGAUUCCGACUAAGCUCUAUCGCCCGCAAGGCCUCCGCUGCGGAUCCAAUGCUCCGUUUCGCUUAUCCGGUGUGAGAGCGCAGGUUGCUACGCUUGAGGAGGCAGGAACAGUUGCGUCUCAGAAAGUGGAAGCACCGGUUGUGGUGGUCACCGGAGCCUCCAGAGGUAUCGGCCGUUCAAUCGCGCUGGCAUUGGGAAAAGCAGGUUGCAAGGUGCUUGUUAACUACGCAAGGUCAUCUAAGGAAGCUGAGGAGGUUUCCAAGGAGAUCGAGGCAUCUGGUGGACAAGCUCUUACAUUUGGGGGAGAUGUUUCCAAUGAAGCUCACGUGGAAUCCAUGAUUAAAGCUGCAACCGAUGCUUGGGGAACUGUUGAUGUAUUGAUAAACAAUGCAGGAAUUACUAGAGAUGGUUUGUUAAUGAGAAUGAAGAAAUCUCAAUGGCAGGAGGUUAUUGAUCUAAAUCUCACAGGGGUUUUUCUUUGCACACAGGCUGCAGCUAAGAUUAUGAUGAAGAAGAAGAAGGGAAGGAUAAUCAAUAUUGCAUCAGUUGUUGGUCUGGUUGGCAAUGUUGGACAAGCCAAUUAUAGUGCUGCAAAAGCCGGAGUAAUUGGCUUAACAAAAACUGUUGCAAAGGAGUAUUCUAGCAGAAGCAUCACUGUUAAUGCAGUUGCCCCAGGGUUUAUUGCAUCUGAUAUGACUGCAAAGCUAGGAGAAGACAUUGAGAAAAAGAUUUUGGAGACAAUCCCAUUAGGGCGAUAUGGUCAACCAGAAGAAGUUGCUGGGCUGGUGGAAUUUUUGGCUCUUAAUCCUGCUGCUAGUUACAUCACUGGGCAGGUGUUCACCAUUGAUGGAGGUAUGGUGAUGUAAAUCAGCAACCAGAGCUACUGAAGUGCAGAGUUCAAAUAAAGGGCUUUCAACUUCUGUUGUACGGUUAUAGUUAAUUCUAAUGCUGAUUUUUCUCUAGUCCUGCUCUACCUGAUGACUUUUAUUAAAAUCUCAUUUUAGCUUUUCGACAACCAAAGGUGUAGUACAGGCAAGCUUCGAAACAUUGUAUUUUGGGUGUGGUUGCAUUUUGGUCAUUUUAACAAAAUAGGUUUAAUUUAACUUUUAUAUUUUAAGCAACUCAUGCUUGGAGCAGUAGCUCUUCCUUUUGGACGUGCUUUCAAGGGAGCCAGUUUAGUUAUGCAUUUUACACAAUUAGUUCACGUAAUUAAUACGUGAAGUGAUAAAUAAAACAAGAUGUUUCGUGGCUA